AGACGGGAGGGAGCCACGGCCCCGCUCGCUGCCCAUUGUCUGCGCCCCUGACUGGUGCGCCCUGGUGCCACAGUGCAGCCUGGCUGGGCAGCCUUCUCUCGUCACUCCAGCCAGCGCCGCAAGUAUAAGAGGCGGUGCCGCCCUCCGUGGCCGCCUCAGCCCACCAGCCGGGACCACAAGCCAUGCUGCCCGCCGACCGCCUCCGGGGUUGUUAAAGCCAGACUGCAAACUUUCGCCACCGCCGCCACCGCCGCGUCCGGUCCCACCGUCGCGGGCAGCAGCCAAAGCCGCCGCAACUGCAGCACAGAAGCGGCCAGGCCAGGCAGGCCAUGGGGCGCUGGGCGCUGCUGCCCAGCUGGGUUUCUGCUACUCUGCUACUGGUGCUGGCCGCUCUGCCCGCUGCCCUAGCCGCCAACAGCAGUGGCCGAUGGUGGGGUAUCGUGAACAUAGCCUCCUCUACGAACUUGCUAACCGACUCCAAGAGUCUGCAGCUGGUGCUCGAGCCCAGUCUGCAACUGCUGAGCCGCAAGCAGCGGCGGUUGAUCCGCCAGAACCCGGGGAUCCUGCACAGCGUGAGCGGUGGGCUGCAGAGCGCAGUCCGGGAGUGCAAGUGGCAGUUCCGGAACCGCCGCUGGAACUGCCCCACUGCUCCGGGGCCCCACCUCUUCGGCAAGAUCGUCAACCGAGGCUGUAGGGAAACAGCGUUUAUCUUCGCCAUCACCUCUGCUGGGGUCACCCAUUCGGUGGCGCGCUCCUGCUCAGAAGGCUCCAUCGAGUCUUGCACAUGCGACUAUCGGCGGCGCGGUCCUGGAGGCCCCGAUUGGCACUGGGGGGGCUGCAGUGACAACAUUGAUUUCGGCCGCCUCUUCGGUCGGGAGUUCGUGGACUCUGGGGAGAAGGGGCGGGACCUGCGCUUCCUCAUGAACCUUCAUAACAACGAGGCAGGCCGCACGACAGUGUUCUCUGAGAUGCGUCAGGAGUGCAAGUGCCAUGGGAUGUCUGGUUCAUGCACGGUGCGCACCUGCUGGAUGCGGCUUCCCACGCUGCGUGCGGUGGGCGACGUGCUGCGCGACCGCUUCGAUGGCGCAUCGCGUGUACUCUAUGGCAACCGCGGUAGCAACCGCGCUUCACGGGCGGAGCUGCUGCGCCUAGAGCCGGAAGACCCUGCGCACAAGCCUCCUUCGCCUCACGACCUCGUCUACUUCGAGAAAUCACCCAACUUCUGCACAUACAGUGGACGCCUUGGUACAGCAGGCACUGCAGGGCGCUCCUGCAACAGUUCAUCACCGGCGCUGGACGGUUGCGAGCUGCUUUGCUGUGGCCGGGGCCACCGCACACGCACGCAGCGCGUCACCGAGCGCUGCAACUGCACCUUCCACUGGUGCUGCCACGUCAGCUGCCGCAACUGCACUCACACUCGCGUACUGCACGAGUGUCUGUGAGGCGAUGUGCAGACUUGCCCGGGAACGCUGUCCUCCAAGACUUCCCCCGACAGAUUCGCUGACAUUCAAGACCCUGAUUGAUAUUCGCCCGCUCCAAAAUCUUCAGCCACAUUCCCCGCGGUUCAUACGUGUCCCAUCUCUCCCAUCUCCUCCUCUCUGGGGACUCCUCAAACCACUUGCGUGGGGCGGCAUGAACCCUCUUGCCAUCCUGAUGGACCUGCCCCAACCUACCUACCUCCCUCUCCGCGGGAGACCCCUUGUUGCACUGCCCCCUUGCUUGGCCUGGAGGUGAGAGAAGGAUUCGUACUCUACCCUACCCGGGGUCAGCUCCUGACGCUGUUGCCCUGACUGUGCCACACUACACCAGCGUCCUCUCUGCCUCUUUCAUUUCCCCUUUGUCCUCCCUAUUCUCCUGAUCCCUACAGGCGCCUUACCACUCUCCAGCGAUGGGAACAGACCCUGAACACACACCUGGGCAUCAGAGCCAUUCUCCUCCCUGCUUCAAGCGAAGCCGAAGCCAGGAGGUUCCAGAGUGAAAGGGCAGCUGUGGUGAUGUGGAAGAUGAGGUGGGGGACGCAGCAAAAAAAAAAAUCCCCCUUUCUCCCAGCCUCUCUUUUGGAGCCAUUGAACAGCUGUGAGCCAUGCCUCCCUCAACCACCUCCUACCCUUUCCUGUCCUGCCUCCUCAUCAAUGUGUAAAUAAUUUGCACUGAAACGUGGACAUAAAACCACGAGUUUGGUUGUUGUAAAUAAAAUUAUUUAUUGUGCUGGGUUCCAGCCUGGUUUGCAGAGACCACCUUCACUCUAACCCAGUCCCUCUCCAUUCUUCUCUCCUUUUGCCCUCCAACUUUCUCUCCUCUCCUGUUUCUCAAAGAUGCCUUUGCCUACCGGAAUCAGUAUUUCCUUCCACUGUAGCUAUUAGUGGCUCCUCGCCCCCACCAAUGUAAUAUCUUCCUCUGCAGAAUAAAAUCUCUAUUUUUAUCAAUGA